AUGUUCUUCGAACCAGUAUGCUUUAAUUCAACCUUUGUGAUGCCUGGGAGUGAUCGGCGAAGUACGAACUGUUGUGCAUCACAAACUGCAGCUAAGCCUAAGCCGAACUAUAAGGGUACACGGAUAUCGAAGAGUGUGUGCAGUCAUUACCACACCAAUCCGUCCACGUUGACAAGACUGGCAAAAGAAAACGACAACAAAGAUGUGACAAACUGCUGGCUUGUAUGGAUGAAACUCAUGCUCAGCUUCCCGACCUACAGUUUCAAUUUCUGCGCAUGUCAUUCGUGA